GCGCGGAUUGAGACGGCUUUCCGCAACGAUGGUGUGACACCGGUGUUUGCACCAUGAUGCAGUCAGGAAGCUCUUGCAGGCGUGUAUAUAGCACAAUAAUAGCGUCCUGGGCGUGGUCAGCCAUCUUGCCAACUAACCAUGGCCCCCAUACGAACGCAAUGGACGCGGCUUAUACGCUUCGUGGCGGCUGAGACUGCUCAAGUUCAUAUUGGUGAACCUAUAGACCCCAAGAUUAAUGUCGGACUCGCGUUCAGACAGAGAAAGCCUAUCAAAGCAUAUGAGAUCGUUGGAAGCGUCCUCGACCCUGCUGCGGAGGUCACUAAGAAGGUGUUGACCGUAAAGGAGCUCUUGUCUCCCCUCUCGCGAGAGCAGUUGGGGAUUGUGCGGUGUUUAGGCUUGAACUAUGCCGAUCAUGCUGAAGAGGCGAAGAUGGCGAGACCAAAAUAUCCUAUUCUCUUCUAUAAGCCGCCAACUGCUAUCAUUGGCCCCGAAGCACCUAUCCAAAUUCCUAAAGUCACUCAACCAGUCGAACAGCACCUGCCAGACUACGAGGUGGAAUUGACCAUUGUCAUCGGCAAAGCAGCCAAGGACGUCUCGGAAGCCGAUGCGCUGGACUACGUAUUGGCAUAUACCGCUGGAAACGACACGUCGUUUAGGUACCAUCAGCUGGCAGUCUCUCAAUGGGGUUUCUCAAAGGGUUUCGACGAUGCAACACCUCUUGGACCUUGUCUUGUCGCAGCACGAACGAUUGAUCCUCAGAAUCUCCCAUUGAAGACGAUCGUCAACGGCAAGACACUCCAAGAUGGAACCACAUCUGACCAAAUAUUCACUGUCCGCCAAACGAUCGCCCACCUUUCGCAAGGUACAACUCUCCUUCCUGGAUCAAUCAUCAUGACAGGUACACCCAAAGGCGUCGGGUUUGUCAAGAAACCUCCCAUUUACUUGAAGCAUGGAGAUGACAUUGCUGUUUGGAUUGGAGGUGGCAUUGGCACUUUGGCCAAUCCUGUGAUUGAAGAGGGGAAGACUGGUGGUCUUAAGGCAAGGUUAUAAAUCUGUGAAUUUGAUGUGACAGAUGGAUUCUGUAUGUGAUUGGUAUUGGUUUAAUCCGUGGCUUAGAGGGCUGAUGUGGGUUUAUAGUGUAUGUGUAGAAUCUAUCUCGUACGUUUAUGUGUAUGAAUUCAUACAACGGCAAAUAACUACAUCACGACACCGAACGAGGGAGACAGCAGAAAUGCAAUGACAUGAUGAGAGAGGGAGAUAUCAUGCCGUAGACAACCGACAUAUCUUGGCGCAAGACGAUCACUCUUGACGAUGUAUUUGGUGGUACGAGAAAUCCUGUAGAUAUGCUGAGGGAGGCGAAGAGUGUGUGUCAAUGCAAUCCAGAGUGCCUAUUCCCAUGGACUACUGUAGUGUUUUGGAAUGCCACUGGCCAGGAAAGAACUGCCGGUUGACGGCUUUCAUAUC